AUGAAAUCUUUCUUGAACAUUGUUGGCGAAACGACUUUGGAAGACGCAGUUGCAAGGAGAAAAGCCAUGAAACGCUUGACUUGCCGAAAAUGCGAGGGUCACGGACUGCAGGUGAUCCUCAAAGGACACGCGCCCUUCUGCCCGUUCAACGAGUGCCGCUGCGAGACGUGCUCGGCGGUGAUGUCGAUGCGGGCGUCUGCGCUCAUUCGCCGCUUCCGGCACCGUCGCCCGGAUCAGUCGAAUGCUCUGCUGCAGACGGUGAAAUCGAAAAAUGGAAACACUCGCUUGAGAAUCAUUCCGAAAGGAGAAGCACCGGCACAAGAUAACGCUUCCACUGAGGUGCACUACUCGUCGAACGGCACCCAGCGUAACGUGUCGAUCUCUCUGCCGUCCUCGGUCUCCUCGUCGGGCACCACAUCACCCACUUCUUCACUCACUCCAUCACCUCCACUCACUCAACAUUCUUCAGAUCUUCUGCAAGAUUAUUUGAACCAAUUGAUGCUCUCAUCCAGCUGCUUUUCCAUUCUCCCAUCAGCCUUUGUCCCCGUGCAACCACAACCGGCUUUCAUGCAGAUGCCGAUCCAUGGAAACGAUCUCCUCUUCUCACUUCAACGAACCCUUCUCCUCCAACAACUUUCCUCUCUCCAGGCU